CACUGAAAAACAAAGCUCAAUGAAACUACAAAAUGAGUCAUUUAGUGAAGAUGAUGAAAGUAAAAGUGAAGAGACCUUUGAGCGAAUUUUAGAAAAUUUUGUUGUGGGAGACAUUUCAUGCGAAAGUGAAGCUCAAAAUGGUGAACUUUUGAAACCAUAUAUUGCUGAAUUUGAUGAGGCAUCUCACCGAGAGGAGAAAUUUGAGGUAAUCGUGAUUGCAUCAUGUGAAGAAUUGAACAAGAAAAAUCAUGAGUUAAUCAAUGAAAUUGAGGUUCUCCUGGAUCUACUUUUGGAGACUUUGGAUGUGCAAGUUGACCAAGAAAAUUCUGCACAAAAUGAGAAAGAAACAAGUGUGGAGGAGGUCCUAGACUUGCUUCUUGAUGUACUUGAUACUAGUGCGGGGCUUGAAACUAUUGAGGUUGAUGAGGAACUGGAGGAUAAGGAUGACUUUCCUUGUUUUAUUUUGCCACCUGAAAAUGAGAAAGAUGCACAGGCCUUGGUUCUUGCUUGUGAGUUUUUUAUGAAACAGAGGUGGUACACAAGAAGAGUCCCAAGGGUCAAGCUGUAUGAUCCGAGAGUUGGAAAGUCAAGGAAAAAGUGAGAAAAAAACGUCAAGCUAGUGACGUUAAAGAAGCGCUUUUGGGAGGCAACCCAAGUGUUAAAAAAGGAGGUUUAAAAAAUCUGCAAAAAAUAAAUAAAAAAAUUAAUUAAAAAAAAUGCAAUGAAAAACCAAAAAAAAAAAGUAUUUUUUCUUGUUUGUGUGUUAGUUUUAAUUCAUAUUUUAUUUUCUUUAGCUUUUUCAGGUUAACUACAGGAGUUCCCCGAUUGGAUUAAAAUUUGAUUUGUGCUUGCUCUUUCAUCUUCUUCAAUAUUGAGCACAAGGGGAGUACUUCUUUUCUCUGUUAAUUAUUUCCCUCCAUGUGUGUUUAUAUGUGAUUCAUCUUAAGUGUGAGGAGGGUAUGUUUGAAAAAAAAUGCAGAUUUGCCCUGUUUUAUUUUGAUUUUAUUUUGAGACCUCGAGGACGAGGUCUAUUCUCAAGUGUGAGGAGGGUUUGGAAUAGGGCAAUGGAUUGAACUAGUGUGCAUGACAAGAGGCUCAGGUGAACUAAGUUAAGAUCGAUAAAUAAGCUAAGGUGUAAUCUACUUUAACUAUUUUUUUUUGAAAGUUUUGUUAUAACUAUUCUUUUUAUUACCAUUAUACUUUAAAAAAAUAUUUAAAUAUUAGGAGAUAUGCUUGAUUUCUACUUUGAAGUUGUGUGCACAAGUUUGGAUUUUUGGUUUGAAUGGUUGUUCGGUCUUACUUUCUUUUCAUGGAUAUAUACAAUGCUCCUUGGUUAGCUUAAAAUUUAAAUUCUUUGGAUUAGGGAGAAUUCUAUCCUCGAAUGAGGCUCUGCUUUUAGCAUUUGAUAGAAUAUCUCUCGCUAUUCUGGUUGUACUUGAUUAUUGAUUUGAGAAGUGUCUUCGUUGGGAGUCUCAUCUCCGAGAAGGGGCGCUGCUCUUCUCAUUAUCGUAUUCUGCGAGAGUUGAGUAUAUUUUAUAUAUUUUAUGAGAUAGCCCCACAAAUCAAUGAUUUAGUUUAACCAUAAAAUUCAUACCAACUUGGCUUUGUUUAUAGCUCCCCAAGAUCAUUCUCCAAAAAAAAAAACAACAAAAAAAAAUGCUAGGGGAGCUAAAACCGUUUUUAGAACUGGAGCUUGUUUGUAUUCCAUGACUAGUUAAGGAUGACUGAGGGUUUCUGAAUGUGAAUGUUGACUUGUGCUCAUAACUACUUAGUAGCUAUUUUUGCAUAUAUGCUAGCAUUAACGGAUUUUUUUUAGUAUGUUGUGACAUAAAAGUUGAGUUAUUAUGGUGCUUUCAUGGAAGUAUAGUUAGGUAGAUUGAAUCUUAGUCUAUUAAUGAUUGAAUCCAAGUAAUCUUGAGCCCUUGAGUUAUACACUACAUACAGUUUGCCUUGAAAAUGUGUUUGAGAGUAGUUUUGUUGCUUGAGGGCAAGCAACGCUUAAGUGUGAGGAGAUUGAUAAGUUUGAUUUGUUCAUAUAUUUUCACUCACUUUUUAUAGCGUUUCUUGUUAAAACCAGGGGAAAUUGAUACACUUUUCUGCGUUUUUGUUGCAUUUUGGUUAAUGUUUAAAAUUAGUGUUAAAAUUUACAUUUUUGAGUGAUUUGUGUUUAAUUCAAGUGUUGGAUUGAUUUUAUGCCUUUUUUUCUUCUUAUUUGUGUUAUCUAUAUUUUGUGAUUUGUCAAAUUUUAGCUUUCUAUUAAUAUUUUAACAAUUGAAUUAAUGAAAAAAACUAUUAAAAAAAAGGCAAAACCCACAAAAAUUGCAGCAAGGCUGCGUUACAAAAAAAACAGCAAAUAAAAGAAAACAAAAAUAAAGAAAAUGAAAAGAAAACAAAAAGAAAGAAACAAGGCUUGACAGCCAACAAAACACCCAAAAGAAAGAGGGGAUUGACAUCAAUAGCACUGCAGCAGCACAUGGCUGCGGGUUAUGUCAAACAAAAGAACAAAAACGGAAAUGAGGGGGCAGCUUCAGUCACUCUGGAUCAGCAACAACCAAAGAAAAAAGGAAGAUAAAAUAGUGAGAGCAACCAGCCACAAAAAAAACUCCGCCGCAAGUAGAAAAGUAACGCAGAUGGGAUAGUCAGCCCACUGCUCGGAGGAUCUGCUGGGGAGAAUGAGCUAUUGGUCGCAGGGCAAGGGCAGAGCAGCUGGCCGGAAGAUCUAAAACCAUAACAGCGGCAGUCGGCAGAGAACCCAGGAAAAAGAGCAGCUUUCUGUAACAGUGUAACACCAACAUUCGGUUAAUCUUUUGUCAAUCUUUCUAUUUCAAUUUCUAUCUUUAAUGUUUUAUGUUAGAUUUCUUUCUUAUAAUCAUAGUUAAAUAAGCUUAUGAACUUGUUCUUGAAUUAAGUAUUAGUUUCAAUAUCUUCCUGUUCACUCUUGAAUUACUGAUUACUAGUUCGAAUUUCAGUUUUAAUUAAAUGCAUGGAUUAUGUCAUUGUUUUUAAUUAUUAAUUGUGUUAGUCUUUUGAUGAGCAUGUUAGGCUAAAUUUCCAUGGGGUUUAGAUUUGGAUAGAAUUAAGGUUAAUGGGUGUUCUUAAAUAUUGAAUUAAAUUUAGGAAUUUUC